GAUCCUCAAGAAGCGGAUGGUCAGAUGAAAUGGCACACAGAGAAAACAUGAACACCUCGAGCAUUUACAGCACAUUUGGACGCUUCUUCCCAAACAACUUUUCUCUUUGGGAGCAUCUCCAGAAGAACUGGACCACGCGUGAUUUGACGCCUUUCUCCAUCGACUUUCUGUUCGCGGGUCAUGAACCGGACACUAUAGUUUUAAUGGUGAUGUAUGUGAUAUCUUUCGUGACCGGACUGGUGGGGAAUAUCAUGGCUCUGUGGGUCCUGACGCGCCGCAGGAAUCGCUUGUCUGGAGCUUCAGCCACCAGGAGACUCCUGGUCAACCUGGCGGUGUGCGACAUGAUGGUGGUGUGUGUCUGCAUGCCGGUUAACUUAGGACAUCAGGUGUAUAACGCCUGGGUGUUUGGAGACUUUCUGUGUCGAGCUGUGCCGUUCGUUCAGGCGGUGUCAGUCUCUGCGAGCGUUCUGAGUCUGGCGGUGAUAAGUCUGAACAGAUACUACAGCGUCCACAGUCCUCUGCACGCCAGGUCUUUCUUCACGGCCAGCAGAAUGAUAUGCAUGAUAGCUGUGGUGUGGGUCGUGUCUUCUGCAUUAUGUUUGCCGUUAUUUUUCAUGAACAGAACCAAGACGCUUUCCCUUCUAGACGGGCUGCACACUGUGACCGUGUGCGUGGAAAGCUGGUCUAAAGUCAAACUGCGCCAGGGUUACAACUUUUUACUCUUCUGCGCUUUGUAUGGAUUCCCGGUGGUCUUUAACUUAAUCAUUUGCUUCCUGACCGGUUGGAAACUGAGUAGAGGAGGCACUGCAUCAAUAUCAGAUCCCAACCAGCUCGCGCUGACCUCUUCGACAUCGCGCCUGAAAACGCGCAAGAGGAUCGCCAAAAUGGUCUUCGCGCUCGUGCUGCUCUUCACUUUCUCUUGGCUGCCACUCUACGCCGUGGACAUCUGGAUCGAUGCCAACAUCCCCAGCUCUCCUGACCGAAACGACGAGCUGAGCAACGUUGAGCAUCGUUGGAUUCUCCAGAGCAGACCCUUUGCGCAAUGGCUGGGUCUCACCAACUCGUCCCUCAAUCCCCUCUGCUACUGCUUUGUUGGAAACUUGUACAGAUCGGCCAAAAGGUUCAGAGAAAGCUACAGAGAGAAGAUGUCUUCGGUCUUGAGUCUGACCAAUAAAUCUUCAAUUAGAAAUUCCGCGUCUAAAAUCCAGCCGCGCAACUCUGGCUCAUCCAGGAGGUUUGCUUCGGAAACGAGGAGCGACACUGUUUUCAAGCUGACCAGAAGUAAAAGCGUGUCUUCGACGACCGUGUGUGAGAGUAUUUGACCUGUUGAGCAUGAGAAUGUACAGACAGACUAUAAACAAAGACGGAGAUGUUAAUAGGGUGAUGCUUUAUAAACAACUUUCAUUGAUAAGUCAUUAGCAAACAUCAUAUGCUGCUUAACAGAGUAGUAGUUCGUGUACAUUUCAGUCUAAAUAUAAUUUUUUUUAAGUUUCUUUGUGACACAAUAACAUGCUUCUAUUUUGCAUCUAUUGAUUAUUAUUUUUUUCUUUUUUAUAAUUAAAUUUUUCAUUAAAAUAUUUCCAGAAUAAUUUGAAUUUGAAGAGUAUUUGGCAUGUCUCUUUUUUCCAGUGUUGACUUAGACUUAUAAUGCAUAAUGUAAUAUUGUUAAUAGAUUAAAGAUGUUUUAAAAAGUUAUUAAUCAAAGUUAUCAUUUAGUAUAAAUGUAAAUUAUAUAUUUAUCUUGCCUAUUUUGAUGGGGGUUUUUUUAUUAUUAUUAUUAUUAUUUUCAGUUAAAUAAAUGAAUACCAGGCUUGUUCUGAAAUCAUAUAUGAGUGGAAAAUUGUGGUCCGAUUUCUGGGGACAAACCCAGAGCGUGUGGCUCAAGUCAAGAUUAAUGGUAUACCGCUGAGAGGCUUUAGCCCUGACGUGUGGUUGUCUGUUAUUCUUCCCAAUUUUCCCCGGUAGAAAUCUGAAGAGCUCUAAAUUAUAAAUAUUCCUACUGCUAUACAUUAUGACUGUAUCACCGCACCAUGUUUACAGUCUUUCUGUAAACUGAAGUUAUAAGAAAAUUACAAAUUAGAGUUAUUAUAAAAACAUAAUGCUUUUGUUCCAGUGUUUGCUGUCACUCAAGAAAAUUACUUGGUUGGAGAUGGAUAUAUUUAUUGAUGUUUUUGUUUUAUUUUUACUGAUGUUGAUUACAGAUGUACACUCUUUCAGUGAAUAGUAACCCUGUAAUUUUGACAAACACAUCUCCACAAUUUUCUGUGCAAUUAAAUGAAUUUCACAUGAAUCCGGACAAAUGGCAUUCUAAGGUUAUCCUCAAGUGCAAAAGAUUUUCUGUGAUCUGUGCAAGCAUGCUAUAUUUCAGAAACUGCCAGCUUUGCUUCUGAAAAUUGACUGUGCAUAAUUUGCUUAGAAAUGAAUGCAAGCAAGAUACAUCAGAGAUACAUUGCAAAUGAGUGCUGGUUAUUGUAAAUUUGACAUAAGUGUCACUUCAGAUGCUGAUACUAUUAUAAAUACCCAAAUAAGCUAAUGCUCUGCAUUUGACUCAUUUUAAUGAAUAUCUAAUUUUCAAUCAGUAGUGUUACCACCACUUAAGCUUAAAAUGCACACACAUCGAUUACAUGAUAUAAUAGUCUCUUAAUAUGUCUUAAUAUUCUGUGCUUAAAUGUUUAACACAGCAUUUGAAUAAUAUGUCAUCUCGUUUUUGAUAAAACGGUUAAAAUUUCAAAGCUCAUCUGAAGCACAGCAAAACUAGCUCUAUUUUUCCAAAUAUAUUACUCUUUUUUUCUCUUUUUUGAAUAGCCCUAAUGCAUUACCAUAAUUUACAUUUUUUACUGUUUAUAGCAGGGAAAAUAGAGUGACUAAGGCUAUUUUGCUUUAAAAGAUCUCAAGAGUGAUUACAUUUAUUUAAACUGAAUGUCUAGCACAAAUGGGCUCCUGUCAGUCAUUGAAAACAAAUGAGUGCCUUAAUGGAUAUAGUGCCCCUGUUAAUAACCUCAGAGAGCUUGUGCCGUCAACAAUUCAAUCUUGUUUCAAAACAAAAGGAACGUCGGUGAUAAAAAAGCAUGUCAUUUGAUGUGGCUUUAAAAGCGUAAUUCAAAGUCUUAUAUUAAAACAAUUACUGCAGCUUAAUAAUUCACACCUGAUGUAGUGAAUAAAUGACACAAUAUUUAAGAUUUUAGGCUGUUCAUGUUCAUAGGCAGUCUAUGAAUGAUC